AUGUUUUCGUAUAUUGUGACACGGCUCUUGUGGGACCACCGCCAAGUGGCGCCUCAAGGAUCGGAGAUUGUACUUCCGAACGUCCUUCCCGUCGAUCGUCACCCGUCCGGACGACGGCUCGUAGAAUCUUUGUAUGAGGGAGAUAACCGAGCUUUUUCCGCAACCGCUCGGGCCCACGAGGGCGAGGGUUUUACCCGCGCGGGCUCGGAGGGUGAGGUCUCGGAGGACGGGGAAAUCGGGCCGGGCCGGGUACGCGAAGUCAACGUGCCUGAGCUCGACCUCGCCCCGGAUGCGGUCGGGGGCGGGGCCCGCGGACGGGUCGUCGGGCUCGAUCUCGGUUUUGCGGUCGAGGAGGGCGAAGACGGAACGCAUGGCUCGGCCGCCCUUGAUGAAGUCGGGGGCGAGGGUGAGAGUCUCGGCGGCGCCGUUGGCAGAGACCAUGAGGACCAUGAAGACGCGGAUGGCUCGGGAGAAGUCGGAGAGGCCGUGGCGGACGAGCCACGAGGCGUACCAGAGGCCGAGGGCAUAGGAAGCGUAGAGGGCGAAUUGGGCCAGCCCGUAACCGCUGCCCGCGAUCUGGCCCAUCCAGAACGAGCGGCGAAGUGGGGGCCGAAGGCUCGAGGCGAAGAGGGACGCGAUCUUGGGCUCCGAGUUGAAGGCGGCAACCGUGCGGAGGUUGGAGACGGCCUCGCCGGCAAGCUGGGUCGACUUCGCGUGGGCGGCCUCGAGGUCGCCGGAGAAUCCAUUCAUGAACAUUUUCUGUUUUCAUGUACUCCGAUGAGCACGAGCGCAAGCCGCCACUGCAGCACGAACCCGGCCGUGCAGGCAACAAUCAUAAGCGCCGAGUUCUGCAUGAUAACCGAUAUCCUAUCCCCAAUAGCCGACCGAACAUUAUUCGCAUCGAGCGCCAGCCUGGCGGCAACCCUCGAGCUCUCGUUCUCCUCCGAGUCGAACCAUGCCAUCUCAUUCCUCAUCACGGCCUCCAACAUCUUCUCCCGAACCCGCCUCGUCAGAUUCUCCCCAACCGUGUCCCAAAAAUAA